CAUGUCACGUCUUGUGACGUUCCCCACAACGUGACCCUUGAUGCACUAGAACGAGUCGGUGACGAUGAUCCAGCUCGAGUGCCUAUAAGUAGGCCAGCUUGCGAACGAAUCACUUCCUGUUGUCAACGCCCACCAUAUCUCUAGUCUAACCCAGGCCCGUUCACUAAAUACUCAGUGCCUGCAUUUGUGCUAGGAACGUUAUCUACACUCCAAGAUGAGCAGUAGACCCGCGAGGUCAUCUAGCAUCCCCGUUCCACCACGGGGAGGUAUUUCACCCGUUCGGAAUAUCGAGUCAGUCAUCUCAAUCCCCUUUGCACCUUCCCCACAGUCCCGUCCUCGCCUUGUGAAUCCGGGAUGGCCGCAACGUAGUCCUACUACAGGUAUCAGUAGUAUCCGUGGAUCCAGCUCUAUGGCUGUGGCGUCCAGCCCUCCAAUGCGUUCGACAGCUCGAUCAUUCACACAGCCAAGUUCUGCGCUCCUUUCAGGCACAGGAGCUACACCAACUCACACAUACUAUGAACCGCGCGUAAUCAGAGUCGACCCCACUUGUCCAACCUCUCCACCUUCUCGUGUUCGUCGGCCCAGUGCAACCGGCAUUAGGGCGCCCAGUGCUCAGAGACCAGCUAUGGCACACUCGAGCGUGGGCCCGUUCCCUGCAGACCCAGCACCCUUUCCUCGCCCGGCGUACCUUGACCAUUCCGCGCUGCGGCAUCUAUUACAGACAGACAGUCCUCAACUUUCCUCGUCACUGAAGCCUGAUCUUGCUGUCCUCCGUACUGAGUAUGCUGGCGGAAGGAGGAGGGCACAGAGAUCUCCUAGCUCUGAUAGUGAUGAAGAAGACACUAGUCCUCCUGGCGAAAUGUCCUCCCGGCAACAGCAAGAGAAUAAUCCUUUAAUGUCAUCCGCCCUCUUGCGCCUCCCAACUAGGUGGAGUGAGGAAUAUCGAAGUUCUAUGUUAAGUGUUUCCGCAGAUGGAAGGGAUCUCACCUAUCAAGGAUCUCCAAGCAACUCCGACAAAGAUGCUGCGGCUGCGCGUACGAUUUUCCCUAUUCCUCCUGCCUGCGGCAUAUACUACUACGAGGUCGAGGUAACCAGCAAGGCAAACAGCAACAAGGGGCAUAUUAGUGUUGGUCUCGUGAGUCGCGACUUUAAAUUGGUUCGCCUACCGGGGUGGGAGAAGAACUCGUGGGGAUAUCACGGUGAUGACGGGUCGUCGUUUGCGGCUGAGAAAACGGGCACACCAUAUGGUCCCCAGUUCGGAGCCGGAGAUGUCAUUGGCUGUGGUAUCGAUUUUAGCCAGAACCGCGCGUUUUACACGAAGAACGGUGCUUUACUUGGCUCUGUUUUCGACAAUAUCGGCAAGGACUGUGAUAUUUAUCCAGCAGUCGGGCUUUGCCAUCCUGGAGAAUCUGUGCGGGCUAACUUUGGCCAGGAUCCAUUCAAGUUUGACAUCGAGGACCACGUGCUUCAACAACGAAACACUACAUGGUCGCGCAUUCAAUCUGCGCCUUGGACGUGGCCAGUAGCUGACGGUGACAAAGAUCUUACUUCAGCAUCGACAUCUACCGCAGAAACCCGCGUGAAGUCCCAGAUCAAUGAUCUCGUUCUUUCGUACCUGUCGCAUCACGGAUACGCACGUACGGCACGAGCGUUUGAGGCACAGUGUUCCGCUCGAGGAGGAAUGUCAACAUUGAGAUUGUCAAGCAUGUUCCCUUCAUCUUCCACGAGUCGUGUGCCCGACCAUGAUCAGAUCAUGGAUAUGGACGGCGUGCCCCAAACCCCUACAAUCGCACCUGCACCUAUAGAUGAUAUCGAGAUCCGUACCCGUAUCGUGCAUGCCGUGCUCAUUGGUGAUGUCGAUACUGCGCUGUCCGACACACGAACACAUUUUCCUCGAGCGCUUGAUGCGGAUGCAGGACUCGUGCUUUUUAAACUACGAUGCCGUAAAUUUGUGGAGCUUGUAUUGGAAGCGGCAGAACUGAAAAAGCGGAAGUGCGCAGAAGAUGCAGAGAUGAAUGUAGAGGUUGAUGGAGAAGACAAAGGAACUUCGGACGGGAUGGGGAUGGACGUUGACGAUGAAGCGGAUAUCUCCAGUACUGAAGUGACGAAUGGUUUCGGCGGCGGCAGCAGCAGUGCAAUACCUAUCAAAGGCAAGCGUAAGGCAUCGUUCGCCUCUUAUUCGCAUUCGGGUUUGUCAGGUGUUACUGCUGCCAAGUAUGGGACCGCUCUCGAGCGUGCGGUUGAGUACGGACAGGAGUUGCAGUCAGAGUACAAAGACCGCCCGGAGAUGCGCGCCAUUUUCAAGCGCACGAGCGUAAUCGUGGCUUUCGAGGAUCCGCUUGGGGCCGGUGGGGAUGCAGCGGAGGUAGCGGGGCAGGCAGCAAGAGUGAGUCUUGCAACAGAAGUGAACCAGGCGAUUUUGUUAUCACAAGGGCGUCCUGCCCAUCCGGCUUUGGAGAGGAUAUACCGCCAGAGUGCAGCGUCCCUCACGCAGCUUGCUCUGAUUGGCAAUGGGGCUGCUGCUUUCGUGGACAUGCCCAGGGAGCUCCUGGAUGCUUGAUCAUAAUUUGUCAAUCAUUAUUUCGCUUCGCCGAGUAAUUCUUGCUAUUGUAGGUUACAUAUUCGAAAUCAGGUCAUGCAUAUCUCAGAUUGUAAGGUAUCAUUGAAAAUUGAAGUCCUUUUAAUUGCGUUCUUUAGUAUACCAUGAAGACGCAUGGCUCAGAA